AUGAGCACCAUUCACGACGCCUAUCCCGAGUACGUCAAGACGCGAGGCUUGGAUGAGCUGCGCGCCAGCGAAUACAGCUAUCUCGACGAGCAGGGCCAUGUCUACCUCGACUACACCGGUGCCGGACUGGCCGCCCACGCCCAGUACCGUGCCCAUCAGGCCCGCUCCCUGGGCACCACGUACGGCAACCCGCACUCGCUGAGCCCUACCAGCCAGUCGUCGACGGACAUGGUCGAGCUGGUGCGGACACGGGUGCUCUCGCACCUCAACGCCUCGCCGGAGGAGUACGCCUUCAUCUUCACCGCCAACGCAACCGGGGCGAUGCGGCUCGUGGGCGAAUCCUAUCCCUUCCGCAGAGGGUCGAGGCUGGUGCUGACCUCGGACAACCACAACUCGGUCAACGGACUGCGCAUGUACGCGAAGCGAGCUCACGCGCGGACCACCUACAUCCGCACCCGGGCCCCGGAGCUGCGCAUCGACACCGCCACCGUGGCCGCCGCGCUGCCUCGCCGCCGAAGCCGCCGGUUCGGGUCGCCGCGGAGGAGCCUGUUUGCCUAUCCCGCGCAGAGCAACUUUACCGGCGUCCGCCACCCCCUUUCCUGGGUCAGUCUGGCGCAGGAGCGCGGAUACGAUGUCCUGCUGGACGCCGCGGCCUAUCUGCCCACCGGGAUGCUCGACCUGUCCAGCGUCAAGCCCGAGUUUGUGGCCAUCAGCUGGUACAAGCUGUUCGGCCUGCCGACGGGCGUCGGCUGCCUGGUCGCCCUUUCGCGUCUCAACCGUCCGUGGUUCUCGGGCGGCACAAUUUCAGCGGCCAGCGUGGGCGUGCCCUGGCAUGCCAUGGCCGUAAACGAGGCGGCAUUCGAGGACGGAACCCUCAACUUUCUGUCGAUUCCCGACGUCAAGGUAGGCCUGGACUGGCUGUCGAGCAUUGGCAUAGACGUGAUAGCGUCGAGGGUGCGAUGUCUCACCGGCUGGUUUCUCGAUUGUCUGCAGUCCCUCCAGCACAGCAACGGAAUCUCCAUGGCCACCGUCUACGGGCCGAACGACCUGGAUCAUCGAGGCGGAACCGUCUCGUUCAACCUUGUCGAUGCCACUGGCAACUUGAUAGACGAGCGACUCGUGGCCAUGGAGGCGGCCGCGGCACGCUUUUCCAUCCGCACCGGCUGCUUCUGCAAUCCAGGCGCCGGCGAGGAUGCCUUUGGCAUAGACGCGAGGACCCUGAAGCCCCUGAAACAGGCUCGGACAAAGUCCAUGGAGGAGUUUGUCCGACUUGUCAAACUACCGUCGGCAGGUGCCGUUCGAGUAUCGUUUGGCGUCGCGUCAAUCGUCGACGACGUGGAUUUCUUCAUUGCUUUUCUCAAGCAGACUUACCGCGAUCGCGUCACGACAACCGUCGGCCUUCCUCUGCGGGACGGCUGCUGA